AUGGCCCACCGCAGAGUAAAGGAGAUCGACUACGACGGGGAUGAAUACGACGACUACUACUCGGGCGAGGACGAAUACGCCUACGAGGGUGCCGACACUGGAGCCGCCGCACCAGCAGCCAGUCAAGAGGAUGAACUCAGCCCCGAGGAUAAAGAGCAGAUGCGCAUAGGCACAGAGAGCGUACGAGCUGCUCUAGGAGACGCCAGCGACUUUGUGACCGACGACGCCAUCCAAGAAGCUCUGUGGCACUACUACUACGACGUCGCCAAAUCCGUUACCUAUCUGAAGAAUCAAAAUGCUCCCCAGCAAGCACAACCCAAGGAGAAGAAGCAGAAGCAAGUCUCCAAGUUCGAUCAAGCUGCCACCGAGGCUGCCCAGAAGCCAGUACAAAUAAAGGGUCCGAGCCCAGAUGACAUUGUCAUGCAAGCCCAGGCAAAAGCCUCGGGUGCAAAGAAACAGGCUUCGCAACAAAAGGACACGAAAUCUGUCACCAAUGGUGUUUCUUCUCUCACUCUGGAUGAGCCCCAACAGACGAGUCAAAAGGUCAAGAGCAAAAACCUAGAUGUUCUUGCAGAGCAUGCAAAGGCCGGUCGCAAGAACGCUGCCAGUUUUGUUGUAAUUGGACAUGUCGAUCACGGAAAGAGUACGCUCAUGGGACGCCUUCUAUACGACCUCAAGGUUGUAGAUCAACGCUCGCUUGACAAAUACCGGAAAGAGGCAACAAGUAUUGGCAAAUCUUCUUUUGCUCUGGCCUGGGUUAUGGACUCGACCGCCGAGGAAAGAGAAAGAGGUGUCACCGUCGACAUUGCUACGAACAACUUCGAGACGGAAAAGACAAAAUUCACUAUUCUGGACGCUCCUGGACACAGAGACUUUAUUCCUAACAUGAUAGCCGGUGCCAGUCAAGCAGACUUUGCUGUUCUCGUCAUCGAUGCCGGUACCAACAGCUUCGAAGCUGGUCUCAAGGGCCAAACACGAGAGCACGCACAACUCGUCCGCAGUAUGGGCGUCCAGCGCAUCAUCGUGGCAAUCAACAAAAUGGACAGCAUCAACUGGGCUCAGGACCGUUUCGAAGAAAUCCAACAACAAAUUUCCGCCUUCUUGACAACCACAGGCUUCCAAUCGAAAAACAUCGCAUUUAUCCCCUGCUCUGGCCUGACGGGCGAAAACGUCGUCACUCCGGCCCCUGAAAAGGCCGCAGCUUGGUACACGAAAACCUCCUCCCCUCAGACUCUAGUUCAAGCCCUGGAAGCCCACGAACCCACAAAAGCAGCCUUGUCCUCGCCGCUUCGCAUACCUAUCAGCGAUAUCUUCCGUGGUGGCGUUCAGAACCCUUUGUCCAUCUCUGGUCGCAUCGAAGCCGGCAGCUGCCAAGUAGGCGACAGCCUUAUCGCCAUGCCCGCCAACGAAUCUUGUUCAAUUAAAGGUAUCGAAAUCGACAACGCGCCUGCCGACUGGGCAGUAGCCGGCCAAAUCGUCACCCUCCACCUCACAGAAAUCGACCCCGUACAUUUGAGGAUAGCAGAUCUACUUUGCGAUGCUAGGAAGCCAGUGCCUAACAUUAGAAGCUUCACGACAAAAAUAUUGGCGUUUGAGCAUGUGUUGCCUAUGACUGUCGAUGUGCACAGAGGUAGAAUGCAUGUGCCUGGUCGUAUUGCGAGUAUGGUCUGUGUGUUAGAUAAGAGUACUGGAAAUGUGCUGAAGAAGAAACCGAGGGUUGUGCAGCCAGGCAGUGUGGCGAGGGUCACGGUUGAGCUGGAUACUGCUGUGCCGCUGGAGGUGCCUGGUAGGAUCGUGCUGAGGUCUGGCGGCAAUACUGUUGCUGCUGGCUUGCUGGAGGAAGUGCACGCAUAG